UUAGACACAUUUAGCAUGAAAGCAAAGGGUCAAGUAAAGCGUUUAUAUUCGGUUUUGGCACAUUUGAUAGGGUAGUAGUGUUAGUUAGGAAUUCAGUUUAAUUGGUUUAAAGCUUAUAUGUCAUAGUAUCAUCUUCUGAAUGUGUGUGUGUGAAAAAGAAACAGGCUUGAUCCUCUGUGAAUAAGGGCUCAGCACUGACCUGAGAAAUGAAACAGGAGUACCAGGAUCUCAUCCUGCAGGUGUGUGGGGCCUCAUCUCUGCGCGUUGGUGCAAAGAUCCAGACCCUGUGGAGCGGUUAUGGGGAGAUAGUCAGGCUACACCUGGAGGGCUGCGACCGGCCCUCUGUGGUCGUCAAACAUGUCAAGUUUCCAGAGGAGGCCGAGCAUCCAGGUGGCUGGAACACAGAUCGCUCUCACAGGCGUAAAGUGAGAUCCUAUCAGGUGGAGACUCACUGGUACCAGAACUAUUCCACCAGUCCGAGCUGCCGCAUUCCUGCCUGCCUGGCUGCCUGUUCCCAUGGAGACGAGAUGCUGAUCGUGCUGGAGGAUCUGGAUGUGGCUGGUUAUGAUCAGAGAAGAACCAGCGUGAAAGACAGAGAGAUAAGGGCUUGCCUUAGCUGGCUUGCUCAUUUCCAUGCUCUGUUCCUGGGUGUGGCACCAGAGGGGCUUUGGCCUGUCGGUACUUACUGGCACCUGGAGACCCGGCCAGAUGAGCUGGAGGCCAUGGAUGACGCAGAGCUAAAAGCAGCAGCCGGUGACAUUGACAGGAUGCUCAAUGAAUGUUGCUUCAAGACCGUUGUUCAUGGAGACGCCAAGUUAGCCAACUUCUGUUUUUCCCAGAGUGGACAGGACGUUGCAGCUGUAGACUUUCAGUAUGUUGGUGGGGGUUGUGGGAUGAAAGAUGUGGUGUAUUUUUUAGGAAGCUGCAUGGAGGAAAAGGAGUGCGAAAAGAGGGUGCAAGGCUUACUUGACUACUAUUUCACAGAAUUAAAGCUAGCUGUGAAAAAAGAUGUGGACUUUGCUUCCCUAGAGAAAGAGUGGAGGGAGAUGUUUGCAUUUGCCUGGACAGAUUUUCAUCGUUUUCUGUUGGGGUGGAUGCCUGGACACUGGAAGAUCAACAGGUACAGUAAACAGCUGACCAAGGAGGUGUUACGCAAACUUAAACUGUACCAAAAACUUCAAACAUCAGACAACCAGAUAAGUAAGGGUGUGGCUGAGAGAUGAUCACCUGGAAAUCUGUAUGUUGAAAAAUAAAUCAUCCACAAACACAUACUCAAGCCUGUUUACUGCGAGGAAGUGUCCCACUGCACAAAGACACGUCCAAACGACGUCUUUUCAACGUCGUUUUUGCACGUCCAAUUUUGGUCCCCCUGAAGAUGCAGACUGAGCCGUACAGGAAACGGCUCCACCUUUUGGAAACAUCUAAGACUACAGUUAUACACAGAGGUUUACAGUAAAUCACAAUUCAAUCCCCACUCAUUUAUUUCCAUUUU